CUCCCUCUGAAUCUUUUGCCUUUCUUCUCUUCCAUCGCCACCGCAGCUUCAUCACUACCACUUUCAUCAUCAUCAUCUGGAACCUAUCCACUUCUUGGAUUGUGUUUCAUUCAACCCAUCUUCGCUCCCGCAUCUUCUUUCUUUCCAUCUGCAAGCAAUCUUAUCGGUGAUUGCCUAGAUCUUGCCUGCUCAAAGUCUUCACUCCUUCGCCAUCAUAUCAUCUACUUGAAAUCUCAUCACAAUGGCCGAUUUUGAAGAUUCUGCUGCUCGCUAUGAGGAUGACCGUGGCUACGAGAGACGGGAUAGAUCUGCGUCCCCUCGUGGUGACCGCGAAGAACGCAACCGCAGCCGUUCACCAAACGGCAGAGAUCGACCCCCUCAGCCCCCCGUCGAUAGCAGAAUGAAGUUGGAUGAUGAAGAGGGUGCGACCAACACUGGGUCCAACCUUUUCGUGACUGGCAUCCACCCUCGCCUCACCGAGGCUGACGUCUCUCGUCUCUUUGAAAAGUAUGGUGAGGUCGAGAACUGUUCCAUCAUGUUGGAUCCUCAUACCAAGGAAUCACGCGGGUUUGGCUUCGUCAAAAUGGUCACCACAGAGCAAGCUGAGGCUGCCAAGGAAGGUCUCCAAGGCGAGGUUAUUGAAGGUCGAACCUUGAGCAUUGAAAAGGCUCGCCGAGCUCGCCCUCGUACUCCCACUCCUGGCAAAUACUUCGGUCCUCCUAAACGUGGUGAUUUCCGUGGUCCUCCCCGCGGAGGUGGUUAUCGUGAUCGCUAUGAUGAUCGACGGGGUGGUUAUCCUCCUCGCCGUGAAGAGUAUCGCGGCGGCUCCCGCUUCGACGAUAACGAUCGACGAGGCUACGGUGGCGGCGGCCGAAGAGAUCGUGACGAUGGCUACGGUGGCCGUGGGAUCGAUCGCUACGAAAGCAGACGUGAAGAUGGCUAUGGUGCUCCUCGCGGGGACCGUCGUGGCUAUCAAGACCGGGGUCAGGACCGUGGUGAAGAUCGUGGCUACGGAGCACCUCGUGAUGAGCCUCCUCGCGAUUAUGGCGGUCAUCGCGAGUACUCACGGGAAGAUCGUUACGGUGGCAGGUAAGCUGGUUGACUCUAGGGCUCUAUUCGCAAACUCUUUUGCGCACGAACAAGGCAAAUGCAACCCUCGGAUGACGUUGUUGUCGAUUCUUUCACUUGUAUCGCCGUCUCGCACUCCUCGGUUGUGGCGUCUACAAAAGCAUCACUGGUAUGACGAGUCGGAAGGGUCAUGGUCCAUUUAUUUUUCUUUUCGGCGCAGCAGAAAUCGAUUUCGUGGUUAAGCAACAAAGUCCCAUGGGGAAUGCCAAGCAUUGCUCAUGAUUGACGGCAAAAUGUACUACAACGGGUGCGGCUGGGACUACUUUCUGAUGCUCGACUCUGAAUCAUCUUAAGGCCAUUACGGCAGACAACAUACUUUCAUUCCGCGCCUGACUUGCCUUCAUCCAGCCUCGAUAGUUGGCCUUCUGUCGCACAACCCCCGCAUCAGCUUCGAUUCAGAUACUUGCUUUCCGCUCUUUGCAGUCGAGACAUCAAACAAUGACGCGCCGUACACACCAUUUGUCUUUGACGCCAGUAGUCCGCCCGCAAUCCACUAAAAUUCUUCGCCGGCAAUCAUUGUCGCCAGCUCACGUCAACGCUGUUUUAUCCGCAAGAAAGAUAUGUACACCCGCACGGACCCUACUACCGAUACCCACCAUUUUGGCAUGUAAAGCUCCUCGAACAAUGUUGCGAUCCUGAUCCCAGGUACGUAUAAAACCUGUCUUUGCUGGAGCACUGACCCGCAGGCCAUCUGACAACGUUCAACCGCAUGCCCAAGUGCGGAUUUUGUACCCUCUUGUUCGCCGAUUUACCUUGAAAACAGUGCCUUUCGAUAUUGAUUAAUAGGAACCUUACGAACACGGUUCAUCAUUCUUUGGGGCCAAGAUGCUGAGCAAACAACAAAGUCAUUUCGACCUGGUGACUGUGGUGUGACGCGGGCAUGAUUGCUCAACCUGGCACUGUGGGAGUCUUCUUGCUCUUUGGCACAUGUUAGACCAUUCUUGAUGAUGCACCCAAGGCAUUGCCUUGCUCUCUUGGUAGGUUGGAUAUUGUUGCUUGCGUGACCGCUUCUGCAACUCGCCAUCACGUGUGAUUGACGUCUGGAAGCCGGUUGAGACCGACAUCGGGGCAGUCCGUAUCGGACGGAAUCGGAUAUUGUCACAAACGUGACAGCAGCAAGGUGGAAGAUUACUGUGAGUGUGGCCUUGUCUUUAAUUGGCGAUACUGCCGGCGAUGGAC